GUGUCCAUUAACAAUCAUUCCUCUCUGACUAACAGCACAGCUGAUGCAGAGAUCACUACUCUAGUUUACAUGGUUGAGCCAGCAGAUUUCGAUGCAAAACAAAUCAUUCUUGCUGUCCUGUUUGUAAUCGUUGGAGUCAUCGGAUUGGUGGGCAACAUCCUUAUUCUGUAUUUUCUCUCCAAGAAAGAGUCAGUUCCUUUUCUUCAGUCUUCUCCUUUCCUAAGGAACUUCUACUUCUACAUGAAGAGUUUAGCCCUUUCAUAUAUACCCACUUGUUUGAUUUCGGUUCCUUUGGUUUCUAUACAAAUUAUAUUUCAUGAGUUCCGAAAUGGCUGGCCUUGUCGAGUAGUUCGAUUUGUUAACGUUGCGUUUAACUGUAUAUCUCUGAAUAAUUUAAUUGUUAUAAACACCGAGAGGUUUCUCUCAACCCGCGAUGUUCCUAAAACGUUUAGUUGUUCCACUGUUCGUAAAUUGGUGUAUGCUGCGUGGCUUUCAGGGUUUCUUAUUGGGUUAUUAACAGCAGCAACAACUAGUGGUAUAAGACACGAUGUUAAUGCUACACAUUACACAGUGGUCUGUAAACCUGAUAUCAGUUACCUACCUUACAGAAUAAUUGUGACAGGCGUUACACUUAUCCAACUUGUCAUACCAAUAACUGCCUUGAUUUGUAUUAACAUCAUCUUAGCCAGAAGGGCGUGGAAAAUGGGCAAGAGAAGGAUCGAUAUACAACAAGAUAAUGUGUUAAGGGCAACAAUGAGAUCCCACCAAAUCAAAAUAACCUAUACACUUGUAUUUGUCACCUUGGCUUUUGUUGUUCCCUAUUUGUCAAUACUUUCUUACUUAGUCUUUACUGUGGUAGCUAAAUUCCAGGGAGAUUUUGUGAUAAGGCAUUUUAGCUGGGUUGUACUUUAUUCCAGCGGCGCUUUAAACUUCAUUGUACAUUUGGUUCAGAUGAAGGCUUUCCGUGUAUUUUUAAUGAAACGUUUUUGCAGUAAGUGUGGUGAGAAUGCUUAG